UUUCUUCUUCAUUAAUUCUCUACUGCAAUAUCACAACUUUUACUUGAUCCAACUUCAAUAUCUUGAUUCACUAAUAUUUCUUGAUUCCUUAUCUCCCUUUUCUUUAUAUAUAUAUAUAUAGGAAAAGCUCUAUUCAUUGGCAGCUAGCUUUUGAUCUGUAGAGUUUGUGGCUGAAGUCAAAAGAAGAUGAGAAGAAACUGUAACUUGGAGCUCAGGCUUAUGCCUCCUUCUUUUUCUUUUUCUCCUAAGAGUUGCACUACCCCCUACUUCUCUAUGAAUAGGGAGGAUAAAGAAAACACAGAAGAGAAAGAACCACAGCAGCUAACAAUAUUUUACAAUGGAAAGCUUGUGGUUUCUGAUGCUACUGAACUUCAGGCUAAAGCAAUAAUAUAUCUGGCAAGUAGAGAAAUGGAGAAGAAAAUAAAAAUCCGGUCACCAAUUUCAGAAUCAUCAUCACCAAUUUCAGAGCCUUCAUCACCACUUUUACAAUCUCCAGCUUCUGAUAUUUCUAUGAAGAGAUCUCUACAAAGGUUUCUGCAAAAGAGAAAAAAUAGAAUUCAAGCAACUUCUCCUUAUCAUCGCUAGUUUAGUUCCAUUUGUACAUAUAUUUUGUAAUUUGCUGGGAGAAAUUGGAAAAUUGGAUUAGUAAGCAUAACACUAAUGUAUCACUUAAUUUUACAGUUUUGGCAAUGCAAUUUUUUCAUAUAGGCAACAA